GUAAAGAUGGCGGAGCUGCAAAUGCUUCUGGAGGAGGAGAUUCCCGCGGGGAGAAGGGCUCUCCUUGACAGUUACCCCAACCUGGUGAGGGUCGCGGAGUACUGCGAGACCAACUACGUCCAGGCGUCGGACAAGCAACAAGCCCUGGAGGAGACCAAGCGCUAUGCCACACAGUCUGUGGCUAGCGUGGCGUACCUCAUCAACACGCUAGCUAACAACCUGCUGCAUGUGCUCGACAUCCAAGCCGCGCAGCUGCGGCGUGUGCACGGCGCCAUCAACCACAUCUCGCAGACUGUGGACGUCCACAAAGAGAAAGUGGCGCGCCGCGAGAUCGGCGUCCUGACGACCAACAAGAAUGCCAGCCGCGCCCACAAGAUCGUAGCUCCGACCAAUCGGGAGCGGCCGCUGCGCUAUGUGCGCAAGGCCGUCGAUUAUGGCGCGCUGGACCACGUCGGGCACGGCGUCAAGGGCUUAUUGAAGUUGAAGGUGAACGGGAACCAGGAAAAUAUGAGGGGGUCCCUUUCAAGCCCCCCUGGGACGGGACGCGCCAUCUUUGGAGGCAGCAGCAGAGAGAACAGUGGCAGCGGGCCUAUCGCCGUGGCAACGCCAUCCCCUCCUGCUGUCUUUCCGGCUUGUCCUCCGGCCCCACCAACUCUUCCCCGAUUUCCUCUUCCUCGUCUUGCUAUUCCACCACUCUCACGCUACCUCCUGCCACGUCUAUCCGAGCCCAACUACACCACCCACUCCAACCCUCUGACACCUCCCAUCCCAACCUCCACAUCACCUGAGGAAGGUGGGGUGGUGCCUCAGUUCUUCAGCAUGAACCGCCCCACGCCUCGCCAGCAGACCCCACAGGUGGGCGGUUCUCUACCCUACCGCCGCCCACCUUCUGUCGGCGGACAGCCUAUCAGCACGCAGAGCCACCAGGUCAACGGCGCGCCCGUCUACAAUGGGCAAAGCCCGGUGUCCCCCCCGACACCAUCCUUCAUCCCAUUUAUGCCUCAACUUCCUCUAACGGGUUUCGUGGCCCGCCUGCAAGGAUCAAUCGCAGACACGCCCACUGAGGAGACCACUAAGGCCCCUAUGGGGGAGGAUGCAGGAGAUUCAGCAGUGGCAGAGCACAGCGAUCCAUAUGAGGAAGGCGACCCCCAUUGGGCCCCCAGAAACUACCUGGAGAAAGUGGUGGCCAUCUACGACUACACUGCAGACAAGGAGGACGAGCUAUCCUUCCAAGAGGGUGCCAUCAUUUUUGUGCUGAAGAAAAACGAGGAUGGCUGGUUCGAGGGUAUCAUGAACGCCACCACUGGACUUUUUCCUGGCAACUACGUCGAGGCCAUCAUGCACUAUGCCGACUGA